AUGCCUGCCGAGUUUCUCACUAGCAACCCCCCCCCGCUCUGGAUCACUCUCUACCACAUCGUCACCCGCCUCCCUGACUCUCUGCGCGCAGUCAGGGACCACUUCCUCUCUCGCUCCCCCACUGAGCUCACUGUUGCCCUCCUCGAGAAGGAACUGCUUGCAGCUGAGGCGAGCAUCGUCGCUGUAGGCACCUCUCGUGGCGACCCCCGCACCCCGUUCUUUGAGGGGUGUUCCCCUUCCCCCCUCCUCCCCUCUGUCGCCUCUGCUGCUGCUGUCGACCUUCUUGGUGCUGAGAAGGUCGGGACCGCGUCUGCUUCGAGCGGGCGCCGCAGGAACAAGGGGGGCAGGGGUGGGGGUGGCGGCGGAGGAGGUGGGGGUGGAGGCGGUGGGAGUGGAGGCGCGGCUGGGGAGACUAGUGGCGGCAGUGGGGGAGGAGACAGCAGCGGUGGGAGUGGUGGCGGAGGCGGCAGCGGAGGCGGAGGUGGUCGUGGUGGCGGCAGGGGUGGAGGUGGCCGGGGCGGCGGCGGUGGGGGUGGUGGUCGUGGAGGCACUGGCGGAGGGCAGAGUCAGCAGCCCGCCCCGACGCUUCAGGCCGCCCGUGAGUGGUAUGCGCAGCGUGGCUUUACCUGCACGUACGUCAUUCGCACAGACUUUGAUGCUAUUCUCACUGCCAUGUAUGCGAUGUCUAUUAGUGGAGAGGGUGCUCAGUACUUGCGUGUUCCGCCCGACCCGGGCAUUCAGGCCAGUCCGGCUGCCGCUCUAGGUGCUAGUGCGUCUGCUCCCACAGGUCCUGGUGAGGCUGCAGCCCUAGGUGCUAGUGCGUCCGUGCCCCCUGGUACUGAGUCGACUGCAGCACUGCACACCUUCACACUGGACUCAGGUGCUUCUCGCUCCUUCUUUCGUGACCGCACUGUCCUUGAGCCACUCGCUCGGCCAGUUGCUGUCUCCCUUGCUGACCCCUCUGGGGGUCCGGUCAUUGCGACCUCCUCCACUGUCCUUCCUUGUCCGGCGGUCCCGUCCGGCACGCUGUCAGGUCUCUACCUCCCCUCGUUCUCUACGAACUUGGUGGCAGGUAGUGCGCUCCAGGACGGGGGUGUUCACCAGUUCACCCCCGCCUACGAGCGCGUGACACACUGCACGUGUGCUCGGACGGGUCGCCACCUGGCUACCUUCACUCGGGAGCCGGGGUCGGACCUUUACACACUGACCACUGAGUCCCCUCAGGUAGCUGCGUCCGCGUCUGCGUCUGCGUCAGGUCAGCUGUCCGCCCCCUGCUCGUGUCGCUCUCUGGCGCAUGAGACUGUCCUUUGGCACCACCGUCUUGGUCACCCGUCUGUGCAGCGCCUUCGGGCCAUGCACAAACGGGACCUUGUUGCUGGUCUUCCCAGGGUACUCCCUCCCCUUCCAGACUCGCCUGCUCCUCCCUGUAUUCCCUGUGUCGAGGGGCGGCAGCGCGCCGCUCCUCACUCCUCCUCCUUUCCCCCGACGACUGCUCCUUUGCAGACGCUCCACUUGGACGUAUCUCGUCUCCAGCUCAGUGAGCGUUUCCGCUCCGACUUCCCUGUCCUGCGUCUGCACUCUGACAGAGGUGGGGAGUUUACCUCUGGCCUCUUGGAGGCCUUCUGUCAGCAGGAGGGCAUUGAGCAGUCGUACACGCUUCCGGCCUCUCCACAGCAGAAUGGGGUUGCUGAGCGCCGCAUUGGUCUGGUCAUGGAGGUCGCUCGUACCUCCUUGAGCCAUGCGGCUGCCCCCCAUUUUCUGUGGCCGUUUGCAGUCCGAUACGCUGCGCAUCAGCUCAACCUCUGGCCCCGUGUCUCCUUGCCCGAGACUUCUCCGACACUGCGUUGGACGGGAGAGGCUGGCGAUGCGUCGCGUUUUCGGGUCUGGGGAUCCCGAGCUUUUGUCCGCGACACGUCCGCGGACAAGCUCUCCCGUCGCGCUGUCCCCUGCGUCUUCCUUGGCUUUGUCCCGGACGCCCCUGGCUGGCAGUUCUACCACCCCACCUCGCGUCGUGUCCUGGCCUCUCAGGACGUCACUUUUGACGAGUCCGUCCCCUACUACCGCCUCUUCCCCUACCGCACUGCCCCGCUCCCCCCCCCACCUCUCUUCCUCGCUCCAGGUGCUGAGGUACCAGACCCCCUCCCCCCUCAGGGUGCCGCUCCCUCAGGUGUGUCCCAGGUAGACCCGGGUGAGCCUGUCGAGGUAGCUGUUGACUCUCGUCCUGCUAGGGGUGCUGAGCCUGGGGGUGCUGCGUCUGGGGGUGCCGAGCCUGGGAGUGCUGAGUCUGGGGGUGCGGAGCCUGGAGGUGCGGAGCCUGGAGGUGCUGAGCCUGGGGGUGCUGAGUCUGGGGGUGCUGAGUCCGGGGGUGCUGAGCCUGAGCGUGCUACACCUGGAGGAGCCCUCUCCUCCCAGCAGCUGCAGGAGAGGUACCUCGAGUACUGCCGCCUCCGGAGAGGUGCUGCUGGAGCUCGUCCCGGUACUUCCCCUCCUACCCGGGAGCUCCCCCCCAUUCAGCAGAUCCACGAGUGGUACACACGGCGCUGCAGUCUUCGGAGUGGUGCUCCUGGUGCUGCGGACCCUGGGGGUGGCGCUGCUGCUGGUGCUGAGGACCCGGACGUUGGAGCUGCUGCUGGUGCUGCGGACCCGCCUGGUGGAGCUGCUGCUGGUGCUGAGGACUCGGACGUCGGAGCUUCUACUGGUACUGAGGACCCGGGCGGUGGAGCUGCUGCUGGUGCUGAGGACUCGGACGGUGGAGCUGCUGCUGGAGCUGAGGACCCGAGCGGUGGCGCUGCUGCUGCUGCUGAGGACCCGGGCGUUGGAGCUACUACUGGUGCUGAGGACCCGGCCGGUGGAGCUGCUGCUGGUGCUGUGGACCCGGACGCUGGAGCUCCUACUGGUACUGAGGACCCGGCCGCUGGAGUCUCUUCUGCUUCUGGAGACGCUGCGCGGCCGCGACCGUACUUCGUACCGCUCCUUCAGCAGGUUCUUGGGCAGGCUCCUCCUCCUUGUCCUCCUCCCUCCGUAGCGUGUCCUCCGCCUGUCCAGCCGCAGUCACUGUUACCGCCUACCUCGCCUCUCCCUGCUCCCUCUCCUUACACUGGUCCCACAGGAGGUCUUACAGAGCGUCGUGAGCCUGAGUCUCGUCCUGCGUCGCCUGUUCGUCCUGCUCGCACUGGUAGUCGUGUCCGUUGUGAGCGUCCUCCUCCUGUCCCAGGCACUCACUACAUGACUCUGCGUCCCUCUACUGCUCCUCAGCGUGUCCCUCUACCGUCUCCUCCUGCGUCCUCUUUGCCUGACGUUCCGGCCCCUGAGUCUGACCGGUAUCGUGCUGAGCACCCUACUGUCACGCGUCUCCUCGCUACUGUUGUCACUGACCCUACCUUUGAGUCCUCGGCUGCGUCUGCCUUGGUCGCUGAGCUUGUUGACUUUGCUGCUGCCUGUCGUCUAGACUACGCCGCUAGUCUUGUUGCUGAGUCUCAGUUUGUCUGUCCUCCGUCCGUCGGGGGUGAGUGUGCUCUUGGCACGGACGUCCUUGAGGACAGACAGGAGGAGUUCCAGUGUCUUGCUGCUGCUUUGCCCCGUCUCGUGUCCUUGCUAGUUGCCCCUGAGGGAGACCCGGAUGCACCAGACAUCCCGACCCCACGCACUUACGCUGAGGCGAUGGCGGGUCCCUACUCCUCUCAGUGGCAGACAGCCAUGGAUGCCGAGAUGGCUUCCUGGAAGUCCACACGCACCUACGUCGACGAGGUUCCCCCUCCUGGGGCGAACAUCGUCAGUGGCAUGUGGAUUUUCAGGGUGAAGCGGCCGCCGGGUUCUCCGCCUGUCUUCAAGGCGCGUUACGUGGCUCGAGGCUUCAGUCAGCGAGAGGGAGUUGACUUCUUCCAGACCUUCUCCCCCACCCCGAAGAUGACUACUCUUCGGGUGCUGCUGCACAUAGCCGCUCACCGCGACUACGAGCUUCACUCACUUGACUUCAGCACUGCUUUCUUGCAGGGCAGCCUGCACGAGGAGAUCUGGCUGCGCCGCCCACCUGGCUUCACUGGGUCGUUUCCUCCUGGUACCCAGUGGAGGCUUCAGCGGCCGGUCUACGGUCUCCGCCAGGCUCCGCGUGAGUGGCACGACACACUGAGGACUACACUUGCGGCUCUUGGGUUCGCGCCUUCUACAGCUGACCCGUCGCUGUUUCUGCGCACCGACACUUCGCUGCCGCCGUUCUACAUCCUCGUAUACGUCGACGACUUGGUCUUUGCCACUGCUGACACUGCAGGACUCGCCUACGUGAAGUCGGAGCUGCAGAGGAGACACACGUGCACAGACCUGGGUGAGCUGACAAGCUAUCUUGGCUUGCGGAUCACCCGGGACAGAGCACGGCGCACCAUCACCCUGACUCAGUCACACAUGGUGCAGCAGGUUCUCCAGCGCUUCCGCUUCACGUACUCCUCGCCUCAGUCCACUCCUCUGCCUACCGGUCACUCGCUCUCAGCUCUGCCUUCAGAUGAGUCCGUAGAGCCGAGUGGCCCGUAUCCAGAGCUUGUGGGCUGCCUCAUGUACCUGAUGACCUGCACUCGACCUGACCUUGCAUACCCUCUUAGCAUCCUUGCACGCUAUGUCGCUCCUGGCCGUCACAGGAAGGAGCACAUGGAUGCCGCUAAGAGGGUGUUGCGCUACUUGUGCAGUACGUCGGGCAUGGGGCUUGUGCUUGGAGGGCGAGACCGAGUUGUUCUCACAGGGCACUCAGACGCUUCUUGGGCAGACGACCAGGCCACUCAGCGGUCGUCUCAGGGUUACACCUUCAGCCUUGGCUCUGGCUCAGUUUCUUGGCGCUCUACACGCUCUUCUUCUGUUCUCGGCUCCAGUUGCGAGGCUGAGAUCUACGCUACAGCCAUGGCUGCCCAGGAGCUACGCUGGCUGACCUACCUGCUGACCGACCUCGGAGAGCCGCCUCGUUCUCCUCCAGUACUGUACGUCGACAACAAGGCUGCCAUUGCCUUGUGUGAGGAGCACAGACUGGAGCACAGAACGAAGCACAUCGCCCUGCGGUACUUCCUUGCUCGUGAGCUGCAGCAGCGCGGUCAGCUUUGUAUUCGCUACGUGGCCACUGAGGCCAACACUGCUGAUGUGUUCACCAAGGCGCUUCAGCCUCGUGACCAUCAGCGCUUCUGCACUCUACUAGGCCUUGUGCCUACUGGACCUCACUUACUUACCUCUUGA